AAACAUCAGAGGAUGAUAAUAUUUUAUCUCAUGUGAAAUUAGAAGAAGGAGAAAUUUCAUAUAAAGAGCUUAAUUUAGUAGAUGAUAUAAGUACAUAUAUUAAGCGAGAUGAUAUAAAUCAAAAAUUAAAAGAUAUUUUAUCUAAAGUAUUUAUAAAUACCACGUUAGAAUAUUAUAAUAAAAUGGAAAAGGCUUAUAAUUUGGCUAAUUUUGCAUCGAUAUAUUUUAAUUGUGAUUCACUUGAGUAUAUAAUGCCUAUACCUGAAAAGCAAUAUCCUUACUGUGAA